UGAUGUCAGACUUUGACCUCAGACUGUUGAAAUCCAGGACGACCACUGGUCCCUCCACCAGAACGACCCCAGCCGGAACAUGAGCCACUUUGUGACUCUCUCAACGGGGCAGAUGAUGCCCAUGGUCGGACUCGGCACAUGGAAGAGUGCCCGGGGACAGGUGAAGCAGUCCGUGCUGGCUGCUUUAGACUGUGGCUACAGACACAUCGAUUGUGCUGCUGCGUACAGCAAUGAAGUGGAGGUCGGAGAGGCUCUGGCUCUGAUGGUCGGACCUGGGAAGGCUCUGCAUCGUGAGGAGCUGUUUGUGACGUCCAAACUGUGGAACACCAAGCACGACCCGGAGGAUGUGGAAGAAGCCUGCAGGACCAGUCUAUCCCACCUGGGUCUCUCCUACCUGGACCUGUACCUGGUGCACUGGCCCAUGGCAUUUCAGCCGGGGAAAGAGCUGAUGCCUCGACGGGACGAUGGAAGCAUCUGUUACUCGGACACACACUACAGAGACACGUGGGUGGCCAUGGAGAGUCUGGUAGAUAAAGGUUUGGUCCGGGCAAUAGGGCUGUCCAACUUCAAUGCCAGGCAGACCGAUGACAUCAUCAGCGUGGCCAGACACAAACCUGUGAUGAACCAGGUGGAAUGUCAUCCUUAUUUGUCCCAGGCUGAUCUCCUGUCACACUGUCGGUCUGUGUCGGUGUGUGUGACAGCCUACAGUCCCCUGGGCAGUGGGGACAGACCCUGGGCCCCCCCCGACCAACCAAGUCUGCUGGAGGAUCCUCGGCUGGCAGCCAUCGCCCUGAGAUACCAGAAGACACCUGCCCAGGUCAUUCUCAGGUGGCACGUUCAGAGAGGUGUGGUAUGUAUCCCCAAAAGCGUGACGCCCUCCAGGAUCCAGCAGAACUUGCAGGUGUUAGAUUUUUCCCUGACGGACGACGACAUGAAGCUGAUAGAAUCCUUCAACCGAAACGAGCGCUUCAUCGUCCCAACAGUCGAGCGGGAUGGUAAGAGUGUUUGGAGAGAUGCAGAACAUCCUCAUUUCCCCUUCCAUGAUGCUUACUGAGUUCAUCCCCACUGACUACAAUACUGUUUUUAAUAAUCAUUGUCUCAUACAAUAAGAAAGUUAUUUUUUUAAUUAAAAUGUAAUUUCCCUCUUUGAUGUAGUGAUUAAAAUGGUUUACAGGUGACAGUUAAAUGUUAAUUUGGUUCACUACAUCUAUCCAGAAUAACCAGGACGGGAGGCGGAGAUUUCAGAAAUAUACAAUUUAUUUAAUAGCUGCAAAUUAUUUAAAAGACAUUGACAUGUGCAAAGGUUGAAGGGCUGGCCUGGACUAGAUAUAAAUAACAGAUUAAAAGGAGAGAAAUGAAAGGCUCCAGACCCAAUUAUAAAACGCUAAACAUUAAGACAAACACAGCAAACUUUAAAACACACUGCAGGCGAUAUAAUCAAACAAAAAGACAAAAUAUCUAAUUGAUGGAGCCAAUAACUCAUUGUUAUUCCAGUCCUUACACACGGAGUGCACAGUCCCAAUCAACAUUAAAUAUUGCACAUUGCCAUAAAAUAAAAAUAAAAAUAGAAUAAAACAAAGAAACCAAUAAUCAAACCAUAUAACCAGAAAGAAAAUAAAAUAAAUCAAAGAAACCAAUGAUCAAACCAAAUAACCAGAAAGAAACUAAAAUUAAACAAGGCCAAAUAAUCUAAAUGAAAUAUAAAGUUGGGAAAAAACAGUGACCGUAAUUAUUCUGCUGAAGCAGCCCUAUAAAACAAACAUGUAGUUAGGUCACACAAUUUAAACAAGUUAAUCUAAAUGUUUAAAAACAGUUACAAACAUAAAACACAUCAUUAUUUCGUACCUUUAAUUCUUUAACAAUUCGCAUCCGCACCUGUUGCGCUCAUGCUGCAGUUACUCACACACACACUCAGAACCGGCAGUGGGGAGAGAGGGAGAGGGGGAGCGCGACGGCGUCCCUAAAUAGACUCCGCCUUCCCGUCAGGUAAAUUAACACGUCACCAUGAAUUAACCCCGUUACAUUAAGAUCAAUAACAAUUUAUUGACUUAAUUUUGCUGUAACAUUGUUUGUUACAUGUUUUCCAGCCAAUUCUUUACUUUAAAUUGCAAUGAACAAUAAAGACAUUAUUCCAACACAUUAAGUUUUCUUACUCGGCCAGAGCGCCACUGUGUGGUCAGUGACAGAACUAACUCAUAGCUUGAUAAUAAUGGUGCCAGUAUUUUUCAGUGAGCAUAAAACUCCUCAAUAGCCAUUAGAGGACCACAAAACACUUAACAACUAAACUGACACCUGACAUUUAAAGGUCUUUACAUUGUCAGGUCCUGUAUUAAUGCCAUCAACAUGGUCUGAUCCUAUGGCCUUUCAUACCACAAAGAUCACUACGCCCUGAGGAACCCUGGGUUUCCAACCUAACUACUUUACUUUCUUUGACAUGGAAUCUCUGUCCCAACUGUCGAUCGAACAAAUCAAAGAAGAAAUGUACGUCAACUCUGUGUCAAUAAAGAAAUUCAAAAGCUGA